AUGGCACUGGUCGCCGUAGCUCUACUGAAAGCUGGAGCCACUGUUGACGUUCCGGGUGGUCCUGAUCUUGAUACCCCCUUGCAUGAUGCUAUUCAAAACUGCCAGCAAGGAUGUUGCGAGAUAUUGUUGAAUCAUGGUGCUGAUCCUUUGUUGCCCAAUGGUGCCGGAUUCACUCCUUUACAAUUGGUUGAUAUGAGUAUCAGCAAACUCAACGAACCAAAAGGCAAAAGCAAGUCUACCCUGAGAUCCUCACAGAGCAAUGUCACAAACACUGUUCGCAAUACACUUCUCAUCAUUCGAGAUACUCUGAUGGCAUCUAUUUCCAAACGCUGUCCACCUGUAGUGAAUAAUGCUAUCAAGAUAAACGAAUCCGUGACAUCUACAUCGAAUGAUAUGUGUAAACGUUUGUCCAUUAUCGAGGCUUCGAAUCCCGCUCUCAGUAUUUCAUUCAAAGAAAGACGCCGCCUGCGACCGGUGCUACUGGCUACCGGAUUGAAUCGAACGCAACAGGUUACUUUUGGUCGUGUGGCUACCAUGAUUCGUGCCCAGGUUGUCAGCAAUAUAUCUCCCGAGGUCACCCACGUGAUCACCGGAGCCAUGACCGAGAUUUCUCCAAGCCCACAUGCCACAUCGAAGAAAACAUCUAAAAGAAGUGCUUCUGCACCUUCUAACGAUAGAAAUUUAGAGAAACCAAGCACCAGUGAAUCAUCGUAUCAGGUCAGCUGUCCGCGCACACUGAAGUUCCUCAAUGCAGUCCUUCAGGUUAGUCACAUAUUCAAGAAAUCCGUGAAAAUUCUAACCUUAUAG